AUGGCGGCGUCCUUACAGCGUUUCUCGUCUGCGGGGAAACUCCUUCUCCAAAGACAUGUACUGAAGACAAAUUAUUUGAACGGGCUCACGAGACCCCAGAAGCUGUUGGCUACCCAAGCGGCUCACCAGGUGGCGUUAAAUGUUCCUGAAACGAAAGUUACUGAUUUAGAAAACGGACUCCGGGUGGCCUCGGAGGACUCUGGGCUGACCACUUGCACGGUGGGUCUUUGGAUUGAUGCUGGUAGUCGCUAUGAGAAUCAGAGAAAUAAUGGCACAGCACACUUCCUGGAGCAUAUGGCAUUCAAGGGCACCAGGAAACGCUCUCAGCUGGAUCUGGAGUUGGAAAUUGAAAACAUGGGUGCUCAUCUGAAUGCUUACACGUCUCGAGAGCAGACUGUCUACUACGCCAAAGCUUUUUCAAAAGAUCUUCCUCGAGCUGUUGAGAUCCUGGCCGACAUCAUCCAAAACAGCACACUAGGUGAGGCGGAGAUCGAGAGGGAGCGAGGUGUGAUCCUCAGGGAGAUGCAGGAGGUGGAGACAAAUCUGCAGGAAGUGGUCUUUGAUUACCUGCAUGCUACAGCAUACCAGUCCACAGCGCUGGGCAGGACCAUUCUAGGCCCCACUGAGAACAUCAAGACCAUUAACAGAGGAGACCUGGUUGAAUACAUCACCACUCACUACAAAGGACCGAGAAUUGUCCUGGCUGCCGCUGGAGGUGUUUGCCAUAAUGAACUCAUCAAUUUGGCAAAGUAUCACUUUGGGAAACUUCCCGGCAGAUAUCAAGGAGAAGCCCCAGCACUUCCACCAUGUCACUUCACAGGAAGCGAGAUCCGUGUGCGGGAUGACAAAAUGCCCCUGGCUCAUAUUGCAAUCGCAGUUGAGGCAGUAGGAUGGGCCCACCCUGACACCAUCCCCCUAAUGGUGGCCAAUACACUUAUUGGAAACUGGGACCGUUCAUUUGGUGGCGGGGUGAAUCUGUCCAGUAAACUGGCUCAGAUGGCCUGUCAGGGAAAUCUGUGUCACAGCUUUCAGUCCUUCAACACCUGCUACACGGACACGGGCCUGUGGGGGCUCUACAUGGUGUGUGAGCCAGGGACCAUCUCUGACAUGAUGCACUUCACUCAGAUGGAAUGGAUGUCUCUGUGCACGAGUGUGACAGAGAACGAGGUGGCUCGGGCCAAGAAUCUACUCAAGACCAAUAUGCUUCUGCAUCUUGACGGAUCCACUCCAAUCUGUGAGGACAUUGGUAGACAGAUGCUGUGCUACAGUCGCAGGAUACCUCUGCACGAACUGGAGGCUCGCAUUGAUGCCAUCAACGCUAACACCAUUAAGGACGUGUGCACCAAAUACAUCUACAACAGAGCUCCUGCCAUCGCAGCUGUCGGUCCUAUUGAACAGCUACCAGACUACAAUCAGAUACGCAGUGGGAUGUUUUGGAUGAGAUCCUGA